CGCCUCAUAAAAUCAGGUAUCUAAAUAUUCUCAAGAUGUCUACUCACUACAAGAUCACAGAGGCAAUCGAGAACAAGAAGCACGAGCGGAUCGUGAAAUAUCUAAUCAAUCAGAGAAACUUCCCUCCGAUUGAGGAAAUUGGCCUGGUCACCAUCAGCAAGUGGCUCAAGGCCAUAGAUACCGGGUCUUCUGACAACAAGCUGGCCAGGAUGAGAGGCCCUCUGCUCGGACAUUUGCGCGCCGCAGCCAAUACUCCCAUCACCCUGGAGCAACAAAAGGCUCACACAGCAAAGCAUGGUGAGAACACGGCCGAGCCAGUCCUCGACUUCCCAUUCGCCAAGGGUCGUGGGCUUUCCAAGGAGCAGGAAAAGACGCGCCGCACGCAGCAGAGAAAUGCGGAGAAGAGAAAGGCUGCUGAGGCUGCCGAGAAGAGUAAGUUGUCUGGCGUAGGCGUCAAGGACCCUCCUGCCCAGGACUAUUUCAAUGGCGCACAACCCCCCGGACAUGAGCUCUCGCAUCAUGAGAUACUUCUCCUGUUCGAUCCCGCCAAAGCCAAAGCCGAGGCCAAUGACGAGGAGUUCAUGGGCUUCUCUGACGGCGACGACGACGACGACAAUGCCCGCCCUGGGCAAGGAACUGGACCUUUGUCGACAGGAUUUGGCGCCACUCCUCUCGCCGACCCCGAGAAGGCAGCCAUAAAGGAGGAGAAGAGAAAAGCAAAGGCGGCCAAGAAGGAAAAGAAGGCAGCAGAGGCAGCCGAGGAGGAGGAGAAGAGAAAGGCGACCAAGGCGGCCAAGAAGGAGGCUAAGGCUUCCAGAAAGGCGGAGAAUGAGAAGGAGGCAGCCGAGGAGGAGGAGAAGAGAAAGGCGGCCAAGGCGGCCAAGAAGGAGGCUAAGGCUUCCAGAAAGGCAGAGAAGGAGAAGGAGAAGAAGGCAGCCGUCAUUGCUGCAGUCUACCAGGUCCUGGAGAACAUACUCAACAAGGACGAGUCUUUCCAGCCACCAUCACCUCCUCUCUUCAAGAACGGGGAUGGAAGAAUCGUCGAGGUUUUCUCGUCGGAUGAAGAGCCCACAUUAUCCGAAUCUCUACCGACGAUAAAGUCUCUUGCAUCGACUCUCCCCACGUCGUCAGUCAAAUCACCAAGCUUGCCAUCCUUGCCGGCGAAGAAGGAAUCGAAGAAGAGAAAGGCAUCAGAUGCCUUGAACGAUGAGGUCGAGGAGAUCGAGAAGUCGAAGAAGAAGGCCAAGGUUUCGAAGAAGGAAAAGGCCAAGAGAUAA